AUGGCUACGCGGACGUAUCUGAAUCAAUAUUUCGAUUUUAAGGAUAUAUUUCCUAUAUGUAUGAAGGAGUUUAAUGAUAUUGAAAAAGAAAAGGAUAAUAAAAUUUACGCUGAUGAUUUUUAUUCUGUGUGUCAUUCAAUUGAAACAGAAUUAAAUUUUAAAUCUUCAGAUUUUAGAAAAUUUUGUGUUUGCUUUAGUAACUAUUUGCAACAUAUAAAUAAUGCUAAAGUUAAAAAUAUAGAACCAUAUUGUAAAUAUUUCAACUACCUACUAAAAGAUCUGCUAUCUUAUUAUUAUGGAUCAUCUUGUUCAGGAGAAAAGAACUGUUACAAAGAAAUGAUAAAAAUAUUCGAAAGAAGUAGCAAGAAUGACAUGAAUAUAUGUGAGCUUUAUGUAAAUAAUCUUGAAGCUAAUGUAUAUGAAGUAUUGAAUUAUCUCAAUUCCCUUUAUAAUGAUCUUGAUGAAUUAAAAAGACAUAAUAAAACAUGCAUUUCCAGUAAUAGAUGCCUUAGAAAUUAUACUGAAUUUUUACAAAAAUAUAAUGGAAUGGAAAAUGACAGUCUAAAAAAUGUUAUAGAAAUUGUUAAAGAACAUUUUUUUCCAUAUAUCAAGUUAGAACAAGAAACAGUAGUGAUGCAAAAACAGUUACAUUCAUACACUAUGAUAAGUGCAACAAAGGUGAUCCUAAUUGUAUGUAUUAUUACACUUGCAACAAUGUUUAUUCCGUUUAUUUUGUAUAAAAACACAUCGUGUCGCUUAUAUAUAGAACCAAGAAUAGGGAGGUUAAAAGAAAUUUGGCAUAAAAAAAGUAAACAGGCUUUAAAAAUAUUAAAACAUUUUGAAAAUGAUUUUGAAGAAUUGAUGGAUAAUAAUUCAAAAAUAACAUAUAAUACUUUAUAUUACCCCUAG